CGUUCAUCCACUCUCGAGUUAAUUUCCUUCUUCUGAUUAAAUUAAAAUAUAUUCAAUCAUUCUCCAGUCGCAAAAUCUACGCAUUUUGCUGUCUUUUGACGUGCAUAUCGGAGUAUUAUUCAUUCUUGACCUGGAGUGCUGCGGGGGCAUCGAAACUCAACAAUAAUUCGAUCGUCAUCACAAACAAGUCCUCCGCCUCUUGUCUCCUCUCUUCCCCCCUCCCGACACAACCUCCCUGUUUGCUCUCGCAACCAUCUGAGGCCUUAUCCAUCUCCCCUGAUCCGGAUUCCAUCUUCGCCUACCAGAGUUUCUGCCGUCUCAUCCACCGGUAGCGCUGAAACGUGCCAACUGCCAACCGGAGAUUGCCUGCGCCAACAUUCCAGCGGCGCUCCCGCGCAAUCUGCUUCCAGGUAGAACUUUAUUCUUCUAAGCGCCAUGUCUUCUUACGGGCGUCUAGACGCCUAUGAGGAGGAGGUCCAUUCACCCAUCAUGAACCCUCAUCACGUCGACAACCGGACUCCGUCCCCCGGUCGGCCGCUCAACCGCUACCAGCUCUCCGACACAGCAUACCAGCCGCAAGGCCAUCUGGAGAUGCCUUCGACCGACCGUCUACUAGGCCAGCCGACGUACUCUGUCGAAAACGUUGGUAAUUCGUAUGCCUACGAAGAACCAGCCGGCCAUCAGACUCACACAGCCUACCCCGGCUACGAGUACUCGAUCAACCCCGAGGCUCAUCAUGAUGCCUACUAUACCCAACCAUACCAGCCCACCGCCACGCCACAGGAAGAUUAUGACCUGGGCCAAUAUCCUGAACAGCAGCAUGCCUCGUAUGACGACAACUCCCCGAUGCUGCAGUCCGACAAUCCGUACGGGCCAGACCCCUUCAGUAACCCGGAGGAGGAAUACCAGGAUGAACCGGGUAUCCCGCCGACCCCAAGCCCGGCCCCGAUCCGGCGCUGGAAGACCGUAAAGGAGGUCCCACUGUUUGAUGGCAACCUGGUGCUUGAUUGCCCCAUCGCGCCCAAGCUGCUCAGUCAGGUACCCCACGCCGAAGCCCCCGGCCGCGACGAGUUCACCCACAUGCGAUACUCCGCGGCCACCUGCGAUCCCGCCGACUUCUUCGAGGAGCGGUUCACGCUGCGCCAGCGCCUGUUCGCCAAGCCCCGUCACACCGAGCUCUUCAUUGUCGUCACCAUGUACAACGAAGAUGACUUUCUCUUUGCGCGGACAAUGAUCGGUGUGUUCAAGAAUAUCGAGCACAUGUGCUCACGCACCAACAGCAAGACCUGGGGCAAGGAUGCCUGGAAGAAAAUCGUGGUCUGUGUCAUCAGCGACGGGCGUGCCAAGAUCAACCCGCGUACGCGGGCCGUCCUGGCUGGUCUGGGCUGCUACCAAGAUGGUAUCGCCAAGCAGCAGGUCAACGGCAAGGAUGUCACCGCUCACAUCUACGAAUACACCACCCAAGUCGGCCUCGAACUGAAAGGCCAGCAGGUCUCGCUGACGCCGCGCAGCGGCACCCCCGUACAGAUGAUCUUCUGCCUCAAGGAAAAGAACCAGAAGAAGAUCAACUCGCACCGUUGGUUCUUCCAGGCCUUUGGCCGAGUGCUGAAUCCCAACAUCUGUGUCCUAGUCGAUGCCGGUACCCGACCCGGCAAGGACUCCAUCUACCAGCUCUGGAAGGCGUUUGACGUCGAACCCAUGUGUGGCGGGGCCUGUGGUGAGAUCAAGGUCAUGCUGGACCACGGCAAGAAGCUGCUCAACCCACUGGUGGCGACACAGAACUUCGAGUACAAGCUGAGUAACAUCCUCGACAAGCCGCUGGAGUCGGCCUUCGGCUUCAUCACCGUGUUGCCGGGCGCCUUCUCUGCGUACCGCUACGUCGCGCUGCAGAACGACAAGAACGGCCAGGGCCCACUGGAACGGUAUUUUGCCGGAGAAAAGAUGCACGGCGCCAACGCCGGCAUCUUCACGGCCAACAUGUACCUUGCCGAAGAUCGAAUCCUCUGCUUCGAGAUCGUGACCAAACGCAAAUGUCGCUGGCUGCUCCAGUACGUCAAGUCCGCAUCGGGCGAGACCGAUGUCCCGGAUCGCAUGGCCGAAUUCAUCCUGCAGCGUCGCCGCUGGCUGAAUGGAAGUUUUUUUGCCGCCGUCUACGCCAUUGCACACUUCUACCAGAUCUGGCGUAGCGACCACAGCUUCAUGCGCAAGUUUAUGCUUCUCAUUGAGUUCAUCUACCAGACGCUCACCAUGUUGUUUGCCUGGUUUGGAAUCGGCAACUUUUUCCUGGUCUUCCAUAUCCUCACGGCAGAUCUCGGAGACUCCAGUCUGCUAGGCACGGCCGGUAAGGUGCUCGGUGUGAUCUUUGAAUGGCUGUACCUGGCCACGCUCGUGGCUUGCUUUGUUCUAUCGCUGGGCAACCGGCCCGGAGGCUCCAACCGGUUCUACAUGACGAUGGUGUGUUUCUGGGUGUUUAUCAUGAUCUACCUGUCGUUCGCCGCCAUCUUCGUCACGGUCAAAUCCAUUCAGUCGGAGGUCGACAAGAGCAAUUUCAGUGUUGGCCAACUGUUCAGCAACGAGCAGUUUUUCACCAUCAUCGUCUCCCUGGCCUCUACCUAUGUCAUGUGGUUCCUUGCGUCGGUGAUUUUCUUCGACCCAUGGCACAUGUUCACCUGCUUUAUCCAAUAUAUGCUCCUCACCCCGACAUACAUCAAUGUGCUCAAUAUUUACGCGUUCUGCAACACGCACGACAUCACCUGGGGCACCAAAGGCGAUGACAAGGCCGAGAAGCUGCCGUCCGCGCACCUGAAGCCCGGCGGCAAGGUGGACGUCAACAUCCCGCAGGACGACGGCGAUCUGAACGCGCAGUACGAAUCGGAGCUGGUCAAGUUCGCCACGAAGCCGCCCAAGGAGGAGAACAAGGUUUCCGAGGAAGAGAAGCAAGCAGACUACUACAAGGGGUUCCGGAGCGCGGUCGUGCUCGCCUGGGUGUUUUGCAACUUCGCGCUUGGGGCUGUCGUCCUCAGCGCCGCGGGGCUGGAGACCUUUGACUCGGACUCGGAUCUCUCGUCGAAGGAGGACAAGCAGGCCACCAUCUACAUGGCGGUUGUCCUGUGGAGUGUCGCGGGCUUGUCGACCUUUAAGUUCUUUGGCGCCAUGUGGUUCCUUGUCGUGAGGAUGUUCCGAGGUGUAUAAAUUCGCUGCCGGCAGCGUCAUGUCAUCUCAAUGGCAUAAUGGCAUAAUGGCAUAAUGAUGGCAUAAUGAUUGGUAUAGAUGUAAAUGUAUGAAUCAAUUGAGGUAUAGAGAAUUAGCAUUGUUUAUUCCAUUCAUGUUGUGUACAGCACU